AUGAGCAUUUCUAAGCCCAAUCCAGGCAUCAACCACCUCAUGGCAACUUUCAACUAUACCCAACUUAACCCUACAACAUUCGUUCUUACGGGCAUCCCUGGCCUGGAAGGUGCCCACAUCUGGAUUUCCAUCCCUUUGUCUACGUUCUACAUUGUCAGCCUGCUGGGAAACGUCACAGUUUUGUUUGUGGUAGGCAAAGAGCAGACCCUGCACCAGCCAAUGUACCUGCUCCUCUGCAUGCUGGCGCUCACCGAAAUUGGGACUUCUACCUCUGUCAUACCAAAGGCCCUGUGUAUAUUUUGGUUCAAUUUGAAAGACAUUACAAUGAGUGGAUGCCUCACCCAGACUUUCUUCCUUCACACAUUUUCUAUGACACACUCAGCCAUCCUGGUGACAAUGGCCUUCGAUCGCUACGUGGCCAUAUGUAACCCCCUGAGAUACAUCACCAUCCUCACCAACACACAAGUAGCUAAGCUUGGGCUAGUGGGCUUGCUAAGAGCUGUUCUCUUCAUUCUGCCCAUGCCCCUGCUCCUGAGCAGGCUGCCGUUCUGUGACAACCGCAUCAUCCCCCACACGUACUGUGACCAUAUGUCUGUGGCAAAGGUGUCGUGUGGGAACAUCACAUUAAACAAGACUUAUGGGUUAGUGGCAGCAUUUAUAGUAAUUGUGUUAGACCUGACACUCAUUGCUCUGUCCUAUGGCUUGAUUUUCAGGGCCGUCCUCAGAAUCUCCUCCAAGAAAACCCACCUGAAAGCCCUCAGCACCUGCACCGCCCACAUCUCUGUGAUGCUCAUAUCAUACCCGCUCUUACUUUUCUCCACUCUCACACAUCGGUUUGGUCAGGGUAUCUCUCCACACGUGCACAUCAUCUUGGCCAACCUCUACAUCCUUGUCCCACCCUUGCUCAACCCUUUCAUUUAUGGGGUCAAAACCAAAGAGCUUCAUGACAAGCUGGGCCAAUACAUCUGCAGGGUGUUACCCCUUGGGACUACUGACAUGAAACCUGGGUGA